UUCUUCUUGCUAGUUAUUGAGACGCACAUGUUUAUCGGAAAAAAGUGUGAAAUGAAAAAUGGAAAAUUUUGCAAAAGUUAAAAUUGUCAACAGCUGUAACACUUGCGGCAAGUGCUUCUCCAAACCAGCACUUCUGCGUCGCCAUCUGGUUGUGCACAGCAUAGAGAAAGCAUUUCCAUGCGACAGCUGCUCCAGUCGGUUCUCACAGAAAAGCUCACUGCAGCGUCACAUACGCAAUAAACACGAUGCAGCAAAGGGAAGCGAUGAUUCCCAGGUGGCGCAACUUGCGCUGGCUGCUUUAAAACUUCUACAAACCAGCCACACAACAGACAAUAUAACUAUAGGCCAACAUAUACCAGGCGCUCCGCAGGAGCAAGCAAAUAUUCAAGCUACGCUUGAGGAGAAAGCAGCUUCCGAUGUGGUACUGCUCAGGGAUAGGCUCAACCCAAAUGGUGUCGGUCACAUGCUGACCACGCAGCGCAUACUGCGACAGAAGCCGAGUAGAUGCUACUAUGUAUGUGAAUAUUGUGCCAAGGAGUUCAGUAAAAGCUACGACCUCAUAAGGCAUCGUCGCUCGCACACCAAAGAAACACCAUACCAAUGCAGCCGCUGUCUGAAGCGUUUUGCCACCCAGACCAAGCUAAAUGAGCAUUACAAACGCUUGCAUUGUACACUGAAAAAGCACGCCUGCAGCGAGUGCACCACCAGUUACGGCUCCAAAAAUCGGUUGCACAAACACCUGGCUCAAGCACACCCGGAUUUGGUUUACAGUUGCGUUCAGUGUAAACGAACCUUCCAAUCGAAAUCUGCCCGUGAUGCACACGAGAAACAUGAAGCCGAUGCACAGGUGGCUCAACUCAUACAGCUGGUGCCGCAGCCAGUUCUGACACAGCGCAGCUACAAGUGCGUUUACUGUGAAAAGCAAUUCAAACGCAAGUUCAAUUGUCGCACCCACAUGCUGUUGCAUUUAAGACGAUUACUGGACGCGAACCAACUGAAACAUAGUUGCCUGCAAUGUGGCAAAAACUUUAAGAAACCCAACGAUUUGGCGCGUCAUCUGCUAACACACUCCAAGCUCAAGUUACACGUUUGUCAAGUGUGCCAAAAACACUUUACUCUUAAAUCCACUUUGGUCAGGCAUAUGGAGACGCACCAGCCUCAGCGUGGCACAGUCAAUUGCCAGGUGUGCGGAAAGUGCUAUGCCUCCAAAACGUCGCUGCAGUUGCAUCUGCGGUUGCACACCGGCGAACGACCCUUUAAAUGUGAAAUUUGCAGUGAAACGUUUCGAACCUCGGGCCACCGACUUGACCAUAUGCGCGCCGAGCGGCACAAGAAUGCCUCCGCCAAUUCACUUAUCUUAUGAGCUUUAGUAAUAUAAGUCUAUAUUUCAUAAAUAUCAAUUACUAUUACAUCUA